UUAGAGCGCCGGCCUCCCAAAAAAAGACGGCGCAUCAUAGGGGCCGCCGCUUUUGCUACACUGAUCCCUCUCAUAAGGCCGGAGCGGCAGCUGGGGGAGAUUAGAAUAGAGAACAGAAGAUCUGAACACAGAGAACAGAGAUUUGCUUCGGACCGUGGACCCUUUUUCACUGGAUUCAGGAUUCCAAAACUUUAACUAGAAAGUCUAUGUUCUUUAAUUUGACGGUUGAGGUCCAAUCCCGCCUUGACUAUGAGUUGUUUUGGAUAUCGCCGGGAGCUGAGCAAGUACGAAGACGUGGAUGAAGAUGAGCUCCUGGCGUCGCUCAGCCCCGAAGAGCUGGCCGAGCUGGAGAAGGAGUUGGUCGACAUCGACCCGGACGCCAACGUGCCCAUCGGGCUACGACAGAGGGACCAGACCGACAAGACUCCGACUGGGACCUUCAGCAGGGAAGCCCUCAUGAAAUAUUGGGAAGCAGAGACUCAGAAAAUUCUGGAGAAUGAAAUCGCCGGAGCCAGUGCUCAAAUGGGUGAGGAAGAUGGGGAGGUGACAGACGGAAACAGCGAAUCAGAGGACGAAAAAGACGACGAGAGCGAAAAAGAACAGGAAAAGCAUCUAGAGGAUGAAGAAGAGGAAGACGAAGAAGAGGAAAGCGAAGAGGAGGAGGAGGAGGAAGAAGUUGAAACAGAAGACGACGAUGACGAAGACCAAUACGUUGCAGCAGAACCACCACCGACUGUGUUGCCCGCCCCGCAACAACUGAAGCCACAGAGGGUAGAGCCUAUGAGGUUGACUCCUCCCCUUCCACCCGCGGAUAGUGGGAACCCCACCAUCGUUGACGAGGCCCUGCAGCGCGCGCUCGCCGAUGACCCCGAGCUCACCGACGUCAACUUGAAUAACAUUGACGACAUCUCACAAGACACCCUUAUCCGAUUUGCCGAAGCCCUGAGGUCCAACACACACGUUCGCGUCUUCAGCCUCGCCAACACCCACGCGGACGACCCGGUCGCGCUGGCCAUCGCCAAGAUGCUGCGUGAGAAUUCAUCUAUCGUCAGCCUCAACAUCGAGUCCAACUACGUGAGCGGGAAGGGCGUCCUGGCGCUGGUUCAAGCUCUUCCCAGCAACAACACCCUGACUGAGCUCCGGUUCCACAACCAGAGGCACAUCUGUGGAGGACAAGUAGAGAUGGAAAUGGUAAAGAUACUUCGGGAAAACCACACCCUGAUCAAGCUGGGCUACCAAUUCAACCUGCCUGGUCCCAGGAUGAGCAUGACAGGCAUUCUUACCAGGAACCAGGACCGUCAAAGGCAGAAACGACUGCAGGAGCAGAAGCAACAGCAGCAGCUGGGGCUGCCUGAUGGAGUCGCCAAUCCCCGGACCACUGCGCUGAGAGUAACACCCUGCAGUUCACCUCGAUCCUCUCCUUGGUCUUCUCCCAAAGUCCCUCGGAGCAACCUGGCGAAGAAACAGACACCCCCAGCGCCGCCGCCGCCACCACCUCCGCCGCCACCUCCUCCCCCGCCUCCCCCUCCUCCGCCGCUUCUACCCUCCUCUCGCCAGGAGAAGAAGCCCACCAGGACCAUAGCGGAGGUGAUCAAAUCCCACGAGGCCAGCAGCAAAAAGGCCAAAGCUAAAGGGAAGAAGGGCAAGAAGGAUAAGGCCAAGGACGAGACCACUUGCAUCCUCAAGGAGCUGAAGAACGCGUUGAGGCCUGUGGCGGCUGAGAGGCGGGGGGACGAGGGCAGCAGGCCGUCCACGCCCAUGAGAUCGGCUCAUGACCAGCUGAUGGACUCCAUCCGUAAUAGCAGCAUACGGAACUUGAGGAAGGUUGAACUCCCAUUGCACCUGCGAUAAUAUAGAAGUGAAGAAAUUGCCAUGGUAACAGGCUGGGACACUGUAAGAGCAACAGUGGUAUGAAAGAAGAUUUUUUUUUGCACUGCUAAGACAUGAUUUUUUUUUGUAAUUUAAUUUUAAAACUUGUUCACUGCAAAUUGUGGUUUUCUUGUAAACUUGUAAAUAAGAUUUGCUCUUGUUUGAUGUGUUCAUGUGUUCUAAAUACAUUUUUCUGGGGGACGGGGAAUCAAAUUACAUUUGAGAACCAUAUCACGUUUGCAUUUUUUUUCUCUUCUCAAUUUUUUAAUAGCUGUGAGUCAGUUGAUUGUGAAGCAAAUUCUCACAUCGCCCCGCUGGGGUUAAAGCUCACAAUGCAUGACGAGUGACAGUCGAUAAUAACAAUCUCCCACUUCCAUGAGUGACACAAGGGAAAGGAUGUUAUCAUGAGAUAUCUUUAGAACAGGAAAUGCCUUGAAAGCUGUUCAAAAAUAGCUUUUUUGACUUCUAUUUUCAGUCCCGGCGAAUUCACUUGGCACCUUUUAUUUCCCACUUUCAGGACUUGCGGCAACACGUGUACUCGAUAGCCUUCGUCUCAGCGUGUGUACAUUCCACGACCCAAGUGUUCCUAAGAAUAAAACUCCCUCGCAGGAAAUUCGAUUGCCAAUGAGGGGAACCCUUUCAGUCAGAUCGGCAGUAAAAUGCGGAGACUUCCUGCUUGUAAAUGUGGUCACUCACCCCUCAUGUAAAAUUCAGAGACAUGUUUGUAAUAUAAGCCGGUAGGCCCACCCCACCUCAAAGCUACAGUGGUAUGAAAAAAGUAUCUGAACCUUUUGGAAUUACUUGCAUUUUUGCAUAAAAUCACCAUCAAAUGUGAUCUGAUCUUUGUCAAAAUCACACAGAUGAAAAAACUGUCGGCUUUAACUAAAACCACCCAAACAUUUAUAGGUUUUCAUAUUUUAAUGAGGAUAGCAAGCAAACAAUGACAGAAGGGGGGAAAAAUCAGUAAGUAAACCAUUUAAUAUUUUGUGCCCCCCCCCCCUCUUUUGGCAGCAAUAACUUCAACUAGACACUUCAUGUAGCUGCAGAUCAGUCUGGUACAUCAACCAGGACUAAUCUUGGCCAUAAGCAGAUUUUAAGGGGGGGCCCUGGCCCCCCUCUGGUGGCCGAAAAGUGUCAUUGCAUGAAAUUGACUUUCCUAUGAUAUAUAAAAGUUGUAAAGCAAUGAAACUGCAACAAAAAUGAACAAAAAAAUAAAUUUUUAUAAUGGUUCAAAAUUAUUUUUCAAACAUAUCAUGUGACUAGCACCUUAGAAUGUCAUUUACUUUGCAUAAAAUAAAUAUAUACAGACAAAUGAAAACUAAUGUACGCAGACAUGUUUACAGUGGUAUGAAAAAGUAUCUGAACCUUUCGGAAUUUUUCACAUUUCUGCAUAAAAUCACCAUCAAAUGUGAUCUGAUCUUUGUCAAAAUCACACAGAUGAAAAAACAGUGUCGGCUUUAACUCAAACCACCCAAACAUUCAUAGGUUUUCAUAUUUGAAUGAGGAUAGCAUGCAAACAAUGACAAAGGGGGGGGGGAUAAGUAAAUAAACUAGCACAUUUAAUAUUUUGAGCCCCCCCACUCUGGCAGCAAUGACUUCAACCAGACGAUUCCUGUAGCUGCAGAUCAG